AUGUUGUUUUGUGCGGCGGAGCGCACUUGCGCCCAUUGUAACAUCCUCUGAAAAUCGACUCCCUAUUGAAUUAAGCUAUUCCUUUUCAGCGAUCAACGGCCGCGAUAUCAACAAGGAGACGCAUAGCUUUAAUUUCGACCACUCCUACUGGUCCUUCACUAAAAAUGACCCUCAUUUCAUUUCGCAGAAGCAAGUGUAUGAGGAGCUCGGAGUGGAGAUGCUCGCGCACGCAUUCGAAGGGUAAAACGAAUUAAAUUGGCAGAUUAGAAAAAUAGAGUUUAGGUACAAUGUGUGCAUUUUUGCGUACGGACAGACGGGAUCCGGAAAGUCGUACACAAUGAUGGGAAAGGCGAAUGAUCCGGACGAAAUGGGAAUAAUUCCGAGACUCUGCAAUGAUCUGUUCGAAAGAAUCGAUAACAAAAACGACAAGAAUGUACAGUAUUCCGUUGAGGUACGGGCAUUUGAAGAGAAGACGGCAAGAAAAGAGAAACUAUUCAGGUAUCGUACAUGGAGAUUUACUGCGAGAGAGUGAAGGACCUUCUGAAUCCGAAUUCUGGGGGUAACCUUCGGGUCCGCGAGCAUCCGCUUCUGGGUCCGUACGUCGAUGAUCUGACUAAACUGGCCGUGUGCUCAUAUCAUGACAUCUGCAACCUCAUGGACGAGGGAAACAAAGCGAGGUGAGCCAGAAAGUGUCAUUUGGAGUCAACAUCUUUUUUUCUGUUCAGAACUGUGGCGGCGACCAAUAUGAACUCGACAUCUUCCCGCUCUCACGCUGUUUUCACGAUCGUUCUCACUCAAAAACGGCAUUGUCCGGAUACCAAUUUGGACACGGAAAAGGUUUCGAAAGUGUCGUUGGUCGACUUGGCAGGAUCCGAAAGGGCCAAUUCGACGGGAGCCGAGGGGCAGCGAUUGAAGGAAGGAGCCAACAUUAACAAGAGUUUGACGACUCUCGGACUUGUUAUCAGCAAGUUGGCGGAAGAGGUACGUAUCUUCGGAACUGUGCAAACGUGCAUUCAUCCACUCAUUUUCUGUUCUAGACCGAAUUAGAAAAAGAAUCAGUAAGUUAGAGUGCCGGCACUGACUUUACACGUUAACACUAUCGUGAAAUUGUGAAAUGAACUGAAUGUGUGCCACUUAACACAACAUUUUUUGAGUGCAAAUAUAGUUUAUUAGAAGUUUGAAUUGAUGGAACUGCAGGCUGGAAACAAGAAAGACGGAUGAAAGGAGUGAUUCCAUAUCGUGAUUCUGUGCUGACGUGGCUUCUCAGAGAGAAUUUGGGAGGAAAUUCGAAAACGGCAAUGCUGGCGGCACUCUCUCCGGCGGACAUUAACUUUGAUGAGACUCUCAGCACUCUGAGGUAGAGUAUUCCGGAAAAGGCAAAGAAGAAAGAAUGGAAUUCAGAUACGCCGACCGAGCAAAACAAAUUGUCUGCCAGGCAGUGGUUAAUGAGGAUCCGAAUGCGAAGCUUAUUCGGGAACUCAAAGAGGAAGUCAACAAGUUGCGCCACAUCCUGGAAGACAAGGGAAUCGACGUGGCAGAAGUGCAGGAGACUCCCGGAAAGGGCAAGAAGGGACCGAAGCUGUCUGCGCAAGUGCACGACACGAUCGAGCAGCUGCAGGCGUCGGAGAAGCUGAUUGCCGAGUUGGACAAGACUUGGGAGCAGAAGUUGACGAAGACGGAAGAGAUCAGAAAGCUGAGAGAAGAGGAGCUGCGGGAAAUGGGUCUCGCGUGUUUGGAUGAUGGAACGACGCUCGGAGUGUUCAGUCCGAAGAAACUACCGCACUUGGUGAACUUGAACGAGGAUCCGCUGAUGUCGGAGUGCUUAAUUUACUAUUUGAAGGAAGGAAUUACUAGGUGAGCACGAAAAGAUUCCUGGAGGUAUGGGGAGUUGAACCCCAGCCCACUCCCAUGCUAAGGGAGCGCUAUUUCACCCCGCAUUUUCAAUAGGUGAGAAGCGUUUUGAUGCGGCCGUUAGACAAUCUUUUCGCGCGGAAACAAGCUUUCCGCCUGCCCUCCGCGCGGUGUCUAUUCGCCUCUUUACACUUCUCGCGUCGAAUGACAAAGACUGCCGCAGCGCCACUAUCGAAAUGCCCUCGUAGUGUCAAUUCCUCUGUGUCUCAUUCAGACAUGCGGGGGUAUAGCUCAGUGGUAGAGCGCUCCCUUAGCAUGGGAGAGGGCUGGGGUUCAAUUCCCCAUACCUCCAGAAAUAUUUUAUAAAUGCCAGGCAAAUAUGCUAAUGAAUACUUUCAGUGUUGGCCGUCCUGAAGCAAAACAACGUCCAGAUAUUCUCCUAUCGGGAGAAGCCAUUCUGGAUUCACAUUGCCAAUUUAUAAACGAGGAUGGAUGUGUGACACUAGCGAUUCAGCGGAAUGCUUCCGUUUAUAUAAACGGAAAACAAGUGACAGAACCCACCGUAAUCCACACUGGAUCCAGAAUUAUCCUCGGAGAACACCACGUCUUUCGGUACAAUGAUCCUCAGGAGGCCCGGCAAUCCCGUCACAACUUAUCGUCGAUCACAGGUAAAUUCUGGAAUUUUCACGGAUUCUAGAUUAUUCGUGAAUGUUCAGAGCAACCUCUGGAUUGGAAAUAUGCUCAACAAGAGCUACUGGAGAAGCAAGGAAUCGAUUUGAAAGCGGAUAUGGAGAAGAAACUUCUCGAGAUGGAAUCACAAUACAGAAAAGAAAAAGUGGAGCUGGAGAAGAAGAUGUACUUGCAAACGAAGGUUCGUCGGUCAUUCAUUAGCAUUUAGACGCGAAUUCAAAUGUUGCAGGAGUACGAGACGCUCAUCGAGAGCCUUCAGAGACAGGUCGACUUGGCGCAGUCCGUCAUCUCGAGCGGCGGUUCCAUCUGGGAAGGAGAGCGCAUGCUGACGUCGUCUAUGACCGAAUUCCGUGCGUUCUUUUAGAUUUUUUCUUGAAGAUACAGUUCCACAAGACUCCUGGGCCCGCUGCGCGGUCUGAGCUAACGCCCGGAAGUGGCUUCUCCGCUUUUUUCCGCGCAAAACCGUCAAAGAAAAAAAUGAACAGACUGCGUUAGCUUAUCAUUAAAUAAUAAUGAUGAAAAGAAUAAUGAUGAUUAUGAUUCUUGUCCAAUUGACUAUUUAUUAGUGACUUUUCAGCCGAAGAACUGAAAUGGACGUCCGACCAGAAGAGAGUGGUCCGGAAGGCCGCGAUCAAGUGGAGAUACCAUCAGUUCACGUCCGUUCGCGACGAUCUUUGGGGCAAUGCGAUCUUCGUGAAAGAGGCGAAUGCCAUUUCGGUCGAACUGAAAAAGAAAGUGCAGUUCCAGUUCGCUCUGCUCACUGAUACCAUGUACAGGUGUGUUCCGUCCCCUCCAUCUGUUCACCAACACCCCCAUCUUUCAGUCCUCUUCCGCCCGACCUCCUUCCGCCGGGCGAAGAUCUGACCCUGCGCCCCUAUCCGAAAACCGUGGUUGCUAUUCAAGUGCAAGAUCUCAAAAACGGAGCAACCCACUAUUGGAGCAUCGAGAAACUCAAGUGAGCCCACGCCUUCUCUGCUUCUUUGUUCAUCUCUCUCUCUCUCUUUCUCUCCUCUCUGUCUUUGAGCACGAUCUCUCCUGUAGAUCUGCAACUACAGUAACCCUUUGUUCUCGUGUCUUUAGGAGAAAUUUCCCCCCGAAUCACUUGCACACAGAGCCGCUUCUUGUGCUUUCACUUUUCGCUUCCGUGUUUACACAAUUUUUACAAACCUCAACUGUGGGCGGCACGGAACCCUGUCACUCGGUUACAAAAGUGAUUGUCUCUUUCAGAUCAAAAAUAGAUUAUUUAUAAUCAGACCAAAACCAUUCCCUUCUAUUUAGUUGAAACCUUCCACGAAAACCGUAGACCGUCCGUCCGGCAAUUGCAGGCAACGUCUCGAGGACAUGCGCAUCUUCUACAACUCGGAGCUCUCGGUGGCCGGCACUCCGGUCGAUGCUCCGUACCCGCCGGUGGCCGAAGGAUGGCUCGCCGCCCUGCACCUCAACCCGGCACGUCUCAUCCCAGACAGGUACUGGAGUCUCCCGUUGCCUUGCUUUCCGCUUCGCAUGCUCUUUCUUCCUUCCUCCCUCCUCCAAAUGCAUGAUUCUCUCUGAAAUCUCCGUUUCUCACCACGUUCCUUCUCGAUUUCGUCGGUUUAUCUCUCAUUGGGUUACUGUAACUAUUUCCUCCCUCAGCAUGACAUCUGACUGACUAUCGCGCGAACAACUGUGAAGAAUCCGAAACCAUCCGGUUCCAUUUCAGGCAAAGACUGGAAGCGAUGAGGGAUAUGUACGAGACGGACGCCCAGAUGUCUCCGACGGACGGAGAUCCGAUGAUGGACGCACUCAUGGGAACCGAUCCGUUCUACGACAGAUUCCCGUGGUUCCGAAUGGUCGGAAGAGCCUUCGUCUACCUGAAUAACCUGCUACAUAACGUUCCUUUGAUUCAUAAAGUUGCGGUGGUGAAUGAGAAAGGAGAAGUCAAGGUGAGCCCUGAGUAUCUGAUCCUUAUCGAAAUUUCAUUUUUUCCAGGGAUACUUGAAAGUGGCAAUCGAACCGGUGCAGAAGAAUGAGGUGGUAAAUCCGAAGAAAGGCGUCAGACAGACUGCCAAACUGCAUUUCCGCAAAGAAGAUUUUCUGAAGACUCACAAGAACGGAGAGAACGAUGGAACGACCGAGUUGGAGUUCCCUGCUCACAUGCAGGAAGAGGUCGAGUUCUGUUUCCGAGUCGUCGUCCUUCAGGCCAUCGACGUGGCCGACGCCUACUCGGACGUCUUCUGUCAAUUCAAGUGAGCAACCGAGCAUUCAGAUUGCUGUCAAGGCUUACCUUUCAGUUUCCUUCAUCGCCACGACGAGGCAUUUUCGACCGAGCCAAUGAAGAACUCGAAGUCUCCGUUGACAUUCGAGCACACUCAGAACCUGCACAUCAAAAUGAGCAAGACGUUCCUUCAUUAUCUACACCACUUCCCGAUCAUCUUCGAAGUAAGUGAAUCUUCUAGAAGGCCAGCAACAAAACAACCAAUUUCAGGUGUUCGGACACUUCCAACCGAAGACCGAAGGAUUUCAUUUCGAGCGACAAAACAGUGCUCUCGGCCGCCGGCUCAGCACGAAACUCACAUUCCAACAGCCCAGUUUGGUCAUUUCGACCCCCGUGAAAAGUAAAAAGGCAAAUGCUCCAGUGCAUAAUAAGUCAGUCACUUUCCACCUUGACACUCUCUACCGUAUUAUUUCAGUACUGCAUCUGUCAAAUCGAAGCACGAUCUUCUGGUUUGGUUCGAAAUUUGCGAGCUGGCCAACAAUGGAGAGUACGUUCCGACAAUUGUGGACCAUGCGCAGGGCCUCCCUACCCACGGCAUCUUCCUGCUCCAUCAAGGAAUCCAACGGAGAAUCAAGAUAACGAUUUGCCACGAGAAAGGAGAGCUUAAGUGGAGAGAUUGCCAGGAACUGGUGGUCGGCCGCAUCCGAGCGGGACCCGAAUGGGCUGGCGGCGACGACGUGGACGUGCUCUCGCUCGGACUCUUCCCCGGAACUUUCCUCGAGUUCUCAAUGGACGACCGCACUUUCUUCCAGUUCGAAGCCGCCUGGGACUCUUCUCUCCACAACUCUCCGCUUCUGAACAGAGUCUCCAACUACGGGGACCAGAUCUACAUGACUCUGUCCGCCUACAUGGAACUCGAGGGGUGUGCUCAGCCGGCGGUCAUCACCAAGGAUAUCUGUCUGCUAAUCUACGCGAGAGACUCAAAGAUCUCCGCAGCCAGCCGCUUCUGCCGUUCUCUGAUCGGAGGCAUCUCAAAGUCGCCGGAGAUGAACCGAGUGCCGGGAGUCUACCAACUCUGCCUGAAGGACGGAUCCGACUCAGGUAGUCCAGGUGAAACGCUUUCCGCUUUUCUUUUCCACUCACCUCCCUUAGUAGCUUCACUAGCUCUCUUCACUCUUUUUCCCGCAUUCCGCUUCUCCGCUUUGCACUCUUCCGUUUCCCUUUCACACUGUUCGUUCUUUUCAGGAGCCAUCCGACGUCAACGUCGCGUGCUCGACACUUCAUCGGCCUACGUGAGAGGAGAGGAGAAUCUCGGUCAAUGGAGACCUCGCGGAGACUCGCUGAUCUUCGAGCACCAGUGGGAAUUGGAAAGUUAACGAGACUGCAGCAAGUGGAGAGAGUCCGUUUGUUUCUGAGAUUGAGAGACCGACUGAAGGGCAAGAAGAACAAGGGAGAGGCGAGGACUCCGGUCAGUCCGUGCGAUCCGGUCUGUGCGAUUCCGGAGACGGUCAAGUUGGACGACAAUGAGAAGGGAAUUGUGGGAAAAGUGGUCGGGCUGAUCAAGAGAAGAAUUCCGAUGGACAAGGACCCGCCGACUGGGAAUAAGGCACAAGAGCUGAGCGAUGAGAGCGGAUCCAACAGCAUCACGUCGCCCACUUCUGACAAGUAAGCAAAUGGAAACGGGGGACAGUAUCUAACAUCAUAUGUAUUUCAGAUCUCUGAUCAAUCCUCCCAAUCAUCCGACCUUCUCCGUCAAAAGUCGAAAUCCGAUCAGAAUCUGGCGACAAACGACGACAUUCUGGACAGCAUCGGAGGAAUGAAACGCAGUCUGAGUGGCUCCAGAAUCCUCCAGCUCAACAUUUUGGUGCCCGAAGUGCUCGAAGAACGAGUCGGUGUCGUCGUUUCCAAGAAGGGCUACAUGAACUUCCUGGAGGAGAAGACCCAGGGAUGGACCCGUCGUUGGGUGGUCGUCCGUCGUCCGUACAUCCUUCUGUUCCGGGAUGAUCGGGACCUCGUCAUCCGCGGAAUCAUCAACCUGGCGAACGCAAGAAUCGAGCACUCGGAAGAUCAGCAGGCGAUGGUCAAAGUGCCGAACACGUUCAGUGUUUGCACGAAUCAGAGAGGAUUCCUCAUGCAAAUGAUGCCCGGCGACGAGGUGAGCACAAAACGGAAGACAGCUUCUCAUGUUCGAACAUUUCAGAUGUACGACUGGCUGUACGCCAUCAACCCUCUGAUGGCCGGACAACUGAGACUGCACGGAGUCCAGAACGGAGCCACCCUAAAAUCGCCGUCCUCCGCCGCUGCUCCGUGA